AUGGGAGAGAAUCAGCAGCGCAUCGUCCGGGCCGCGGCGCGCGACGCCUUCCUCCGCUUCGGCGAGGGGGGGCUCAUCUCCGGCGCGGCGGUGCUCGAAUUCGUCGAGGGCAGCACGUACGCAGAGGCCUGCCACCAGCACGAAUUUGAACAUGCGUGGGCCGAGGCGGACCGGCACCAGCGCGGCGCGCUCGACGAGCGUGAGUUCCAGUCGUUCCUGCUGGCGGUGGAUCGCUUCGCGGCGGCCGCGGCCGCGCCAGAGCCGGCGCCCGCCGCUGUGCCGGCUCCCGCGCCACCGCCGCCGCCCGCUGCGCAGAAGCCGGUGCCCGUCGCGCCACCGGCCCCCACGGCGGUACCGGUAGUGGCACCGCCGGCGCCCGCCGCGCCGCCCGCGCCGGCGCCGGCACCAGCACCGGCACCGCCGGCGCCGGCGCCGGUACCGGCGCGCGCCGCCGCGCCGGCCUCGCCGAUCCGCCCCGACGACCACUGGAUCGGGACGCGCGCCGCCGCGCCGGAGCCCGCGCCCGCGCCCCCGCCGCCGCCGCCCGCGCCGCCGAGCCCGUCGCCCCAGUCCAAGCUCGCCGCCUUCCUCGAGGCCGUGCCGGCGUCUCCCACAAUUCCGCGGCCGCCGCCGGCGCGGUCGUCCUCGAAGCUCGCGGCCUUCGUCGCGGCGACGCCGAACCCGGGCUCGCCGACGACGACGCCGUCGAAGGCCUUCGCCACGCCGCCGGAGCCCCGCGUCGCGGCGCCGCCGCCGCCGCCUCCAUCAAGCCCGUCGAAGCUCGCGGCGUUCGUGGCCGCGGUGCCGAACCCGGCGUCGCCCGUCUCAACGCGCAAAACCGCGAUGGCACCCGCGUCGCCGCCGCGGCCGGCGCGGCACCAACCGGUGCUCCCGGAGCAGCCCUUCGUGUCGUCGCUGCCCUCGCCGGCGACGCUCAAUGUCGAGGAGGAGGCGCGCGCGCCCGACCCACCGCCACCAACCGUCGACGAGGCGACGGAGCCGGCGCGGGCGCCCGACCCAAUCAUCGAGGACGAGGCGACGCUAUCGAUAGCGGCGACGCGGACCAUGGUCACCGUCGAGACGCAGACGCCGAUCCAAACGCAGAGACCCGCGGCCAACCCGACGAGCGCGAAGAAACAGCGGCCCGCACGGAAGCCGGCCCCGCCGGAAGCGGAGCUCGCCGCCCUCGACGAGGAGGCGCGGCGCUGUGCCGAGAUUCGGACGUCGCUGCGCGUGCUGACGGACCCGCACAACUUUGCUGGAGCGCCCGUCGCGCGCGCGGACCCAUUACCUGCUCUUUCCGAGGAACCUUCCCAGAAACUCGACGCCCAGAAGGCGCCUACUUUACGAUCCGCGCACUCGGCGCAGCGCCACGUCGACCGGGUGCGCGAGGGCAUCGCGAAGAAGGCCGCGGCGAAGACGCCGGGCGCGACGCGCGAGCGGGCCAUGGCCGCGAAGCGGUCGUUUUCUUCUGUCAGAAAGCCUCCGACGUCGCCCCAACGUCCGGCGCGCCAGGGCCGGCGCGCGAUUGCGCAGCCGUGGGCGCUCGGGCGGCCGAAGGUGAAGUCCGUAAAAACGAAGCCCGAGCGGUUCCGACGGCCGCCUCUCGCAGUACUUGUGAGUGCGGCCCGGAACUUGCCGGAGCUGCGCAAGUCGAUCAUGCGAGGUAGCUUGCGAAGACAGUACCGCGUCGCCGGUAGGGUGGCCUGGGCCGAGGGUGGGGAAGCCCAUUUUCGGACGAAGGUCAGGUAUGACUCAUUGGAUUUUGGCGACCAGAUCUGCUACGUGGAAGUGCCCCGAAAAAUCGACCCGUCGAAGGCCGUGGUCCAGUUCUUCGUGCUCUAUGGCGGCGGCGACGACGUCCUCGCGGCCGGCGGCGCGCACAUGGCCGACCUUGGUGAGCUCAAGUGGCUGCCCCUGAAGCGGGGCUCGGCCGCCGCGGCGGGCAAAAUCAGAGGAGGCGCGUUACACGUGCGCGCCUACGUCGCGUCGCCUCAAGAUCUGAAGCAGCUGAACGCGCCGCCGGCGCCCCGCGCGGCGCAGCGCGUCGCCGACCCGGUGAAGUGGGCGGUGGCCACGCCGUCGUUACUCAAGCAGCGCUACGAGAGCGCGCUGCGGUCCGCCGCGUCGCCGGCGGACGUCGCCGAAGACUUGAAACGGUACCACGCGACGCUGCUGACGGCGCAGAGUAUGGGCGACGACCCGCCGGCGACGGUCCAGAACGCACAGACGCCCUCGAUGUCGUCCUACUUCGCAGGUGCCGACGCCUCGCCGUCGCCGUCGCCGCCCGGCCGGAACGGGAGGGUGUCCUUCGACCGGUCGGCGUCGGCGUCGACGGACGCGUCGUCGAGCGCGCGGUCGCCGCCGGAGUAA